UCUGACUUCUUUCCGCUACCUUGCUCCUCCUUCCCUCCUCCCUUCUUCCCGCCUUCCGAGAGCUAUGUCUGCGUCGACCGCCCCGCCGAUCCCAUUGGAUAUCGCAUUCAUUACCGGGCCCACAAUGGUGGGGAUAUGUCUGAGCUGGGGUCUGGCGGGCGUCAUGGUCGUGCAGAUAUACAACUACUUCGAAGCGUUCCCGCGGGAUCCGCCGUUCGUCAAGGCGCUCGUGUACACGCUCGCGGCGCUGGAUGCGGUGCAGACGGCGAUGGUCACGGCGGACGCGUUCCACUGGUUCGUGUUCGGCUUCGGCGACAUGGCGCGGCUGAACGACACGUUCCUCAACUCGUGGGACGUCCCGGUCCUCGACGCCAUCAUCUCGCUCGUCGUGCAGGCGUUCUACUGCUGGCGCAUCUGGUACCUGCGCAAGAGCUACGUCAUCCCCGGCGCGAUUCUGCUCGUUGCGCUGCUCCAGUGCGGCGCGGGCAUUGCGACGGGCGUCCGGGCGCAUCAGCUCGGCAAGAUCUCGUUGAUCGGCACCGAAGUGGCUCAGCAAACUAUCUGGCUAGUCGGCGGGGCGAUCGCAGACGUAUCCAUCGCCGGUGUGCUGUCCUGGACUCUGUUGCACGAGCGGAACGGCUCGUUGGCAUCGACGAGGGGCUUGAUCACGCGCGCCCUGCGUUUGAUCGUCGAGACCAAUGCGCUGACCGCCAGUGUCGCUGUUAUUGCGUUGAUUCUCUACUGGGGUGUCCCGUCCCAGCCCACACUCGUAGUUCCACCGACGGCCAUCAUGGGGAAGCUGUACACCAACUGUCUCGUCGCGGUCUUCAACAGCCGCAGCAAACGGGUCGACGACAAACAAUCCUCUCACGGCAUGCAAUCGAUCAACCUUCCCCUUCCCCGCACGCCGCGCUUCUCCGCGCGACGAUCGGGCUCCUCGCCUGUGUCUGUGGACGGUCUUGGUGGUGGUGGUGGCGGCGGCGGCGGUCGGGUGCAUGUGGUGAAGCAGAUUGAGCUUGAUAAUAUGGGCGUGGAUAUGGGCACGCGCCCGGAGAGCGAGGCCGAUAUGACGUCGGAGGAUAUUGAGUCCCGCAAACAUUGAUGAUCGUGAUGGGUUGGAUGCCUUACCAAAAUUUACGAUCGUCUGAAAGACGGUGGUCGACGGGUCGGACUUACAUAUCAAUAAGUAUAUCUAUUCCAUUCCGGAGGAUUUGUCUGGCGGUAUCAUGAGUAUCGACCGCGAGAACGAUGUGCAGCGCAGACUCACACACAGCGACAGAGCCUAACAUUACAUCGCAUGCCAUUUACUAUUAUACACACCAAGGAAAUUCAAGUACACCCCAUGGUCUCUCCAUCAAAAUCUGGAUUCGCCCGCAUGAACCAGAAACUCUCCCACAUCGUCACCAAGACACAGGCCGUCAUGAAAGUGCAGCCCGCCAGGAACAGCCGCAGCUCAAGGGAGGAGGAGGAGGAGGACGCGAUUGUUGUUGUUAUCGCGGAGUCGGAGAUGGUAUUGGAGAUUGGGGUGACCCGGGUGAGCAUGUCCGUGGCGGCGAGCGCUGAGGGAAGAGGGACAGGACUCAUGAUCUUGGAAUG